GGAAUGCUUUUUUCGUUAUUCGAAUUUAACAAAACCGGGAAAAAAUGUCAGAUUCACAGUCCAAUCCAGAGGUUUUCAGUGUUCGGAUUGUCUCCAUCGACUAUUACAUGGCACCGCCAAUCCCAGGCGCGGAUAUCUGUUACAGCAGCUUCCAUGGUGGAAAAGUGAACGAGGUUCCUGUGAUAAGAGUCUAUGGUUCUACCCCUGCUGGCCAGAAGACUUGCUUGCACGUACAUCGAGCUUUACCUUAUAUGUACGUUCCGUGUUCAGAUAUACCACUUCAACCAGACCAAGAAGGUGAUGCAUACACCUAUAGGGUAGCUGCUUCUCUUGAGAAAGCCUUGAAGCUUAAAGGCGGUGCUGGUUCAAUGAGACAACAUGUACAUGGCUGCAGCUUUGUACGAGCAAAGAAAUUUUAUGGCUAUCAUUCUUCUGAGGAGUUAUUUGUAAAGAUAUAUCUAUAUUAUCCACAAGAUGUCUCCCGUGCAACUAAUCUUCUCUUGGCUGGUGCUGUUCUUGAUAAAAGUUUGCAGCCACAUGAAUCACAUAUUCCCUUUAUUCUUCAAUUUCUGGUUGAUUACAACUUGUAUGGCAUGGGUCAUUUACACCUAUCAAAGAUGAAGUUCCGCCAUCCCAUACCGGACUCUUCUCGUGAGAAAUUAAAUAUUGAUAGCCAGCACAGAAAGACAGGUUCAGGUGCUAAUGCAUGUUUAGAGUCAAAGUUGUGGAUAUCUUCCAUGAUCGCAUCUGAUUGGAUGUGGUCACCCCCUGGCGAAUUCGGUGCUUCGCAAAAUGAUAAGGCUUAUUGUCCUAAACGUCAAAGCAUCUGUGAGCUUGAAGGAGACACUUCUGUAGAUGAGAUUCUUAAUCAGCAGUUUAAAAUGUAUUCAUCUCUCUCACAAACAUGCUUAGAUGUCAACAUGGUUCAGUCACUUGUACCGAUAUGGGAGGAACAGCGGAAACGAACUGGGAUUCAUGAGGCUACUAUGCCUUCUAAUUCUGGACAACCGCUUCCGGAAGAUGUUAUGAAACUUCUCUCUGUUUGUCUUGACUUCAAGAAAAAACUUAUUGAAUUGUGCAGUGAAGCUGAAACCUCUCUAUUUUUUACUCCUUCUGAGAAGGAAUUGAGGGAAACAGACAUAAUAGGCUCGGCAUCACCCCCAGCUUCAUUAUGUAAAAAUGCCGAAUUGCAUGAGGAAGGGACUGACACAAGUCUAAAAUCGUUGACUAUUGAUGAAAUGCAAACAUCUGAAAUGAUUGGAACAAUGGACGUAAAGGCUGCAGAUAAGGAAGCACAAAAUCUUCUUAAGUGGCUUGCAACUUCUCAAGCUGCAGAGGAUAUAGACUCUGAUGAUGAACUUGUUUGUGAAACAAUCUUGAGUCCCUUGUUACCUGCAGCAACAAUUGAUAAGGUGCUGGAGAAAGCUAAUAUGGCUUAUGAGAGUGAGUCCCAGAAGGAGUGUCAGGAUAUUCUAGAUUCAAUUGAUGAUAUGCUUGAGUUGGAGUUACCAAAGGAAAAGCCUUCUUGUUCCUUUGAUCACAAUUGUCCUAUUGAGGCUUCAUCAAACAGUAUGAUACCCCAAUUUGAUGGUUCUAAUGAUGAUGAAUUCUCAAGUCCGUGUACUAGUUUGGCUGGAACCUCUUCUGCAGCAGAGAUAGAUAGUGAAUUCAAAAUGGCUUCUGAGUACCAUGUACUGCACAGUACUGACACAAGUACAGUUGGUAAAGAUAAAAGGACUAAAAAAUGGGGGUCUUUGCCUUUGUCCAUGACAGAUAAGUUUAAUAAUGAUGGAGAACAUGUUACUCUACAUGCGGCUCAUCCUUUAGAAAAUGAAACUGGAGAUUCAGCUCACUUAGAUUACUUCACCAGAAAUGAGGUUAGAAAUAGUGCUUGUAUUAUAAGAAAUGUGGGCAAAGGUGCUUCAGAUUCAAAAGAAGUACAUAGAUUGGUUAACUGCUCUUUGCGGGACCUGAUGAGGCGAAAGCGAUCCUAUCGAGUUGAUCAAGCUGAAUGCGAGUCUGGGACAACUAAAAAGCUUCUUUUAGACAGGCAUGGAGGACUAAAUACAUGCCUUUCGCAAAAACAAGUGGAUUUGAAAACAAUUCAAACCAAUGAAGAAGAAACAGAACUCCAGAAGAAUUGUGAUCUUAAAGUGGGCAAUCAUGAUAAUUUAGUGUGUGGCAAACUGCCCCUUCUAGCUGGCAGUGAUAGUUUUUUACAGGCUUGUAUGCCAAAAGAUGAAUGUUUUGGUCUACAUGAAAUGGAGGGUCUGGAAGCAAGUACAGUGUUGAGGAACUCCACAAAUGGAGUUUCUUCUUUAAUGCAUGGAGGACCAGGGCUCCAUAAGCCUGAAAAUUUAGAUUUUACUGAUUCCAUAUACCACUCUGUAGCUAGCAGUGGUAAAAACCUUAAGGUUGGUACAGCUGAUGCAAAACCUAUAGUUCCUGAUGUCUAUACUCCAAAUCCCUUUUUAGGUGCUCAGUUGAGAACUGAUGCUGAUCAUAAAGGCAGAGCUUCCGAUAGGUGUCAGCAAACUGAUUCUGCUGCUUCAAGUAGUGCACAGAGCUCAUCCAUUGAUGAUAAAGGGUCUGACAAACAUAAUUGUUUGGAUCAAAAUUCUUGUGGAAGCAUAUCUUUCGAGCAACAUGAUCCGAUGAAGCUUUAUGAGAAUGCUGUGGGCGAAAGUGCUGCAAGUGACAAGCUAGUAUUGCUAAGUGAAAAAGUUGAUAUUCAAAAACUUGGUGAAAAUUUGUUGCACAGUAUUGGCUCAGAACCCAUUGUUGAUGACCUGAAGGGUAAUCACAUGAAAUUAACUGAAACAACCACAGGCAAGAAAACCGCAUUGGCUAAUAAGAGUCUUGAGAGUAAUUCUCCCAUGCCAACAGUCUCUAAUACCCAUUUAGGUUUGGAUGAGGACAGCUGUGAUGAAAUGUCAGGGAAUGCUCUGGAUGUUUUUCGUCCCAUUUCUGCCAGGGAUUCCCAGAGAGAGAUGGAAACUUGGAACAAGCAUAUUACAAUUAAAACCCUUAGAUCUCAUGGGACAAAGGGUGUUGCCACUCUCUAUCAAAAUGAUGGCUCUCACCUAUACAUAUUAACACCUAAUAUUUUGCCACCUUCUGUGGGUACUGUUCAUAGAUGGCUAUUUUGUGAUGAAAGAGCUGGGCAUACUCCUGAUCAAAUGCCUCAAGAAACUGAUGCAGAGGACAAGGAUGUACCUAAAUGCCCUUCUGGACCUCCUCUUAGGCCUAAGUUGUAUCAGGAUGCUGGUACAGAAGAGAAGCCUCCAUGCACUAGCGAAGGACAAAAAGAAAGAGUAAAAGCAUGCCUAGAUGGUUCACAAGAUAUUUCUCAGAUAUCAGGGCCUGAUGAGAAAUCAAAUUUUACCCCUCUAAGUCAAAUUGGAUUUCGAGACCCUGCUAGUGUUGGCCGUGGACAGCAAUUGACAUUACUUAGUAUAGAGGUUCUUGCAGAAUCUAGAGGAGACCUUUUACCUCAUCCUCAGUUUGAUGGGAUCAACAUUGUAGCUCUUGGUUUUCAGAAUGAUAGUGAUUCUAUUGUUGAAGUUCUUGUUCUUUUGCAUAGUAAAUUUAUACCUUGUCAGAGAAGUUUUGAUGGUCUAUCAGGAUGCAAAGUAUUGGUCUUCACUGAUGAAAAGCACUUGUUAAAAGAAUUUAUAAAGAUUGUGUCUUCAUCUGACCCAGAUAUUUUGAUGGGUUGGGAUAUUCAAGGGAGUUCUCUUGGUUUUCUAGCUGAAAGGGCAUCACAUCUUGGUUUAGGUUUACUUAAUAGUUUGUCUCGCACUCCAUCUGAGUCUUGGAUUGCUUCUGAAGAUGCCAAAACUUCUGAAAAAGGUAUCUUGGAACUGGACAUCCCUGAUACCCCUAGUCUAGAUUGUUGCAUGAAAGAAAGUUCAAUAAUUGAGGAUGAAUGGGGACGAACACAUGCCAGUGGAGUUCAUGUAGGUGGAAGAAUUGUCCUUAACGUAUGGCGAUUGAUCCGUGGAGAAGUUAAGCUAAAUUUAUAUUCUGUUGAAGCUGUAGCUGAAGCUGUGUUGAGGCAGAAAAUUCCUUUAGUUCACCACAAGGUGCUGACAAAAUGGUUUUCCAGUGGUCCUGGACGAGCAAGAUAUCAGUGUAUCAAAUAUGUUAUAGAGAGAGCAAAGCUAAACCUUGAGAUACUAAACCAACUUGAUAUGGUGAAUCGAACAUCGGAACUUGCUCGUGUCUUUGGCAUAGACUUUUUUUCUGUUCUGUCUCGAGGCUCACAAUAUCGUGUUGAAUCCAUGUUUUUGAGGUUGGCCCAUACACAAAACUAUCUUGCUAUCUCACCUGGAAAUCAACAGGUUGCUUCUCAACCUGCCAUGGAGUGCCUGCCCUUAGUAAUGGAACCGGAGUCAGGAUUUUAUUCAGAUCCUGUUGUUGUACUUGACUUCCAGUCUUUAUAUCCAUCCAUGAUAAUUGCAUACAACCUUUGUUUUUGUACAUGUCUUGGAAAAGUUGUCGCAGCGAAGGCUAACACGCUUGGUGUUAGUUCGUUUUCACCAGAGCAACGUGUUCUGCAGGAUUUAAAAGAUCAAAUCUUGCUCACCCCAAAUGGUGUUAUGUUUGUACCUUCCAAGGUUCGAAGAGGUGUAAUGCCCCGCUUAUUGGAAGAAAUCUUAUCAACUAGAAUAAUGGUAAAACAAUCAAUGAAAAAGUUGGCUCCUUCAGAGCAAGUUCUUCAGCGGAUACUUAAUGCAAGGCAGCUUGCUUUGAAGCUCAUAUCAAAUGUAACAUAUGGUUACACUGCUGCUGGAUUUAGUGGCCGCAUGCCUUGUGCAGAACUUGCGGACAGUAUUGUUCAAUGUGGCCGUAGUACACUGGAAAAGGCUAUAUCAUUUGUAAAUCUACAUGAAAAGUGGAAUGCUAAAGUUAUUUAUGGAGAUACUGAUAGUAUGUUUGUCCUCCUGAAAGGACGCACCAUCAAAGAGUCCUUCCAAAUUGGGAGUGAGAUUGUUUCUGCUAUCACUGCUAUGAAUCCUAGUCCUGUCACCCUGAAGAUGGAGAAAGUUUAUCACCCCUGUUUCCUCCUAACUAAGAAGCGAUAUGUUGGCUACAGUUAUGAAAGGCCUGACCAAAGUGAACCAGUUUUUGAUGCUAAAGGUAUUGAGACAGUACGCAGGGACACAUGUGGUGCAGUUGCAAAGAUAAUGGAGCAGUCUUUGAGACUCUUUUUUGAGCAUCAGGAUUUAUUGGAGGUGAAGACUUAUUUGCAACGUCAGUGGAAGAGGAUUCUUUCGGGCAGAUUCUCCCUUAAAGAUUUUAUUUUUGCAAAGGAGGUUCGCUUGGGUACCUACAGCACAAGGAUCUCAUCACUUCCUCCUGCUGCAAUUGUGGCCACUAAGGCAAUGAGGGUAGAUCCUAGGGCAGAACCACGUUAUGCUGAGAGAAUACCUUAUGUUGUAAUCCAUGGAGAACCUGGAGCCCGCCUAGUUGAUAUGGUUGUGGAUCCUUUGGAAGUUUUGGCUAUUGAUUCCCCAUUUAGAACAAAUGAUUUAUAUUAUAUUAAUAAACAAAUAAUACCGGCUUUACAGAGGGUAUAUGGGCUUGUUGGUGCUGAUCUGAACCAGUGGUUUUCAGAGAUGCCCCGUCCCAUUAGGGAAGCUUCUGCUAAGCGUACUUUCACUCCAAAUAUCCAUCGAACCAGAAUUGAUUAUUACUAUCUCUCAAAACAUUGUGUACUGUGUGGUGGGUUGGUCCAGGCAUCGGCCCAUUUAUGUAAUCAGUGUUCUGAAAAUGAAGUAGCUGCUGCAACAGCAGUAAUUAGUAAGACUUCGAAGUUGGAGCAAGAGAUGCAACAUCUUGUUGCUAUAUGUCACCAUUGUGGAGGCGGGGAUAGGCUUCUUGAGGGUGGCGUAAAGUGCACGUCCAUUUCAUGCUCGGUGUUCUUUGAGAGGCGGAAAGUUCAGAAAGAACUACUAGCUGCCACCCAUGUUGCUGCAGGUAAAGGCUUCUAUCCAAGAUGCAUGAUGGAAUGGUUCUGAAAGCCUGUUUUCCUUGCUAGUAUAACUAGCAUAUGGUUAGAUUUUAU